GGCAACAAUGGAUAGAAGACCGCAAUUUAUACGUAGCUCAUUGUGAGAGCCACCAGCCAAGAAAACGCUCCAAACAGGAUCAAGUUCCGUCGACUUGUGCUGUACAAUACGUCCAUAUGUGUCACGAUUAUUGGCUUUAUCCACAUCUUAUGCCAGACGUGAUAAACUAUUAUGUGCGAAAUUGAAAAGCUAAUUAGAUGGGUAGUGAGAUGACCCAGAAAACUGUUUUAAAUCCUUUUCAUGUUAAACAACGCUAACGAGCUUUGCUUUUCAGAGUGCUCGUUCCAUUACCCCUAGCACCUGCACCUGAAGGUCAUACACAAGGUCACGAAAUUAAAGGCGAGUACUUCAAUGACAACGGUACGGAAACAGAAGAUUCAACUACAACGAGACCGUCAACGAACGUAAAAGGGUCAUGAAAAAGUAACAGAGAUGUGUCGGGGAAAUGUCCGGAUCAGCGUGUUAGUGGGUUCUGGAAAACCAAGAUCUCUCAGGUAACUUUUGACCUGCCAUUGGAAAUUGGUCUGACAUAAGGGUGGUGUUUUACCAGCUAUAAAAACAUGCCUUGAGCCUUAAACGCCAGACUUUUCUGGAAAUCCAUCGCGAUAAUGUCGUUUACUACACUUGUCCUCUUUGGUCUCGUUUCGACAGUCCCAACUGCAAAGUCGCUGAUAAAACCCAUGACCGGCGUUCAUUUGAAAGUAUCAGCCUAUUACGAACCACCGAUUUUUACAUUUGUAAAGGACGUGCAUAAUUCGAGCAUCAUUCAAUAUGCUGGCCUUUACAAGGACAUUAUGGAUUGGCUGUCAACUUCCUUAAAUUUCACCUAUUCUUUUGUGGAAGUGCCAGCCAACGCCGUGAAAACACACGGAUCUCUCGAUUCCACUCUGAUCGACUAUUUAAUCAGAAAGGAAGUUGACAUGAUCUCUCGUCUAAUGACUCCCAGGGUCGAUCUUCUUAACGUUAUGGAUUUCACCACUCCCGUUACAGUGACGCAAUUUGCAUUCACGCAACCAUUUCCUAAACUCGAGGAAGAUAUCUUGGCGUCAGUGAAACCUUUCCAAACGAUGGUGUGGCUCUCAAUCGGCAUUUCUUUUAUUGCCGUUGUUUUGGCAAUGACGUUUGUCAUCAGAAACGGAUCGAUAGACCAUUACAAGAACAAAACAACGGCUGGAAUUAUUUUGGAAUUGGCCUUGUAUGGAUUAGUUAUUCUCCUAGGCCAAGGUGGACGUUUGCCAUGCAAUCGGCUCUCUUUGCGUUUGAUUGCGGGAUCUUGGUGCUUGAUGGCCGUCGUUCUUAGUUACGGCUUCAGCGGGACAUUAAUUUCAAAUAUUACGGCUCCGAAAUACGAACCGGUAAUCAAUACUUACGAGGAUAUGGCAAACAGCAAAACGAUGCGCAUCACCGUAGCCAGUGGAAGCCCAUUCGCGGAGAAUAUGCUGAAUGGCACUUCGGGAGUGAUGGGCAAACUUGGUGAUUCACUGAGACAAAAUCCUGGAGAUUUAAUUCUGCGAUUACCUCGUCAAAUAGGAGACAAUUUGCUUACGGGUUGUUGCGCUUACCUUGAGUCUAAAACUAUAGGCGACAUCAUCGUACGCACGGUCAUGAUGAAAUCGGGUGGACAGUGUCUUUUGACCACCGGCAAACCCGUGGACUACUCUGAACUACUCAGUUUCGGCAUAACUAAAAAUUUCCGUUACCGCUCCAUCAUUGAUCAACAGUUGCAGCUGAUGCGUGAAAGCGGACUGUUUUCGUUCUUCAGGAAGAAAUACGUCGUAGAGGCUGAUAAAUGCAACGCUCAUCGAGUGUUGCAACCGAAGAAAAAGCCGUUGACUCUCUUCGAUUUUGCAAGCGCCUUUUUCGUGCUGGGCAUAGGAGGUAUCCUUUCUCUCUUGGUAUUCUUCAGCGAAUGGAUUUCAAUUAUUUGUCUGCAUCGUCGUCGUCCUCUCGGUCGAGGUCAACAUCCAGUUUUAUUCCUCAUGAAUUAAUGUAGAACAAUCAGCCUGGCAAUCGACCAGACAUGAAGAAUAUUGGUGUUUUUCCCACUUUUAUUCAUCUUACGUCAGUCUAAUGCAAUAUUCUAAUCGUAUAUUAUUUAAUUCUAAUGUUAGGCUAGCUUUUUCUUGAAAAUGGCUGAUGGUUUUAUCAUUAAAAUUGAUCCUGUCCGCUA